CUCACUCUCGGUCAGUCCUCUUGAAACAAAAUACUACUAAAAUUCACCCUAAAUGCACUCCAAAUAAAUUCCAAACCCAAAUGCAUUCUCUCUUGUUGGGUAGCUAGCUUUCUGUGUUUAUCCCCUUUUCUCUUUCUUUUUUUCUCUCCCAAUCCAACCCAAUUUCAAUUGCCCAAACGCCAAACUCCAAACUCCAAUCACCACAGCUCAAUCACCACAGCUCAAUCACCAACAUCAUCAACAACUCAGCGUCAGCGAGUGGAUGAAUCUCUGGACGGACGAUAACUCUUCUGUUAUGGAGGCUUUCAUGUCCUCCUCCGAUCUCUCCUCCAUAUGGCCUCCGCCGGCGCCGCCGCAAUCCGCCGCCGUCUUCAACCAGGACACCCUCCAGCACCGCCUACAGGCCCUCAUCGAGGGCGCCAGAGAGAGCUGGACCUACGCUAUCUUUUGGCAGUCCUCCUACGACUAUUCCGGCUCCACGCUCCUUGGCUGGGGCGACGGUUACUACAAAGGCGACGAUGACAAGGCCAAGGCCAAGGCCAAAGCUAAAGCCACCUCCGCCGCCGAGCAGGACCACCGCAAGAAGGUCCUCCGGGAGCUCAACUCCCUCAUCUCUGGCUCUUCAGCUACCGCCUCCGAUGACGUAGACGAGGAGGUCACAGACACCGAGUGGUUCUUCCUUGUUUCCAUGACCCAGUCCUUCGUCAACGGCGCCGGCUUGCCCGGCCAGGCCUUCUUCAAUUCCAACCCCGUCUGGGUCACCGGUGGCGACCGCCUCUCCUCCUCCCCCUGCGAGAGAGCCCGCCAGGGACAAGUCUUCGGCCUCCAAACCCUAGUCUGCAUACCCUCCGCAAACGGAGUCGUUGAACUGGGGUCUACCGAAUUAAUUUACCAGAACCCGGAUCUGAUGAACAAGGUGAAGGUCCUCUUCAAUUUUAGCAACAACAACUUCGACAUGGGUUCUUCUUGGCCUGCAACCAGCGCCGAUCAAGGAGAAAACGACCCCUCCACGCUCUGGCUCAACGAUCCUGAAGUUAGGGAUUCCAUUAACACUGUCGCAGCUACUCCUUCUGUAUCCGUUUCUGUUCCCCCUCAUAACAGUACUCACGGGAUUUCAAAGACGAUGCAGUUGGAGAGUUCUAUUCAAACCCCCGGUUCCAGUACCUUAACUGAAACCCCAAGCUCUAUCCACGCUGUUCCACAGAACCAGAGCGUGUUCUCCAGAGAAUUGAACUUCUCUGAGUACGGUUUUGAUCCCAAGAGUGGCAACACUAACAAUCAGCAUUCCCUGAAGCCCGAAUCCUGCGAGAUUCUCAGCUUCAGCGAUAGCAAGAGAACCUCUUACGGGGGCGGGGGCGGGGCCGGGGCCGUCAAUGGUAAUUCCAAUUCCAAUUCAAAUUUCUUCUCUGGUCAAUCACCGUUUGUUGCUGUUGCGGAUGAGAACAACAAUAACAACAACGGGAAGAGAAGGUCACCGAAUUCGCGAGGCAGCAACGACGACGGAAUGCUUUCGUUCACCUCCCGCGCGAUUCUUCCGGCCACUAAUUUGAAGUCUGCCGGUGGCGGCGAUUCCGACCACUCGGAUCUGGAAGCGUCGGUGGUAAAGGACCCUGUGGUGGAGCCGGAGAAGCGGCCCCGGAAGAGAGGGCGGAAGCCGGCGAACGGAAGAGAGGAACCGUUAAACCACGUGGAAGCGGAGAGGCAGAGGAGGGAGAAGCUGAAUCAGAGGUUCUACGCGCUUCGUGCUGUGGUUCCCAACGUGUCCAAGAUGGACAAAGCGUCGCUUCUGGGUGACGCAAUAUCUUACAUUACGGAGCUGAAGUCCAAGCUUCAAACUCUGGAAUCAGAUAAAGAUGGGUUGCAGAAACAACUUGAAGGAGUGCAGAAGGAACUCGAGAAAUCAAGUGAUAACUCUAAUCACAUGAAACACGCGGGUAAUAGUAACAUUAAGUCGGCUAAUCAGGCGUUGAUUGACUUGGACAUCGACGUGAAGAUUAUUGGGUGGGACGCGAUGAUAAGAAUCCAAUGCAGCAAGAAGAACCACCCCGCGGCGAGGUUGAUGGCGGCGCUGAUGGAGUUGGACUUGGACGUUCACCACGCCAGCGUGUCGGUGGUUAACGAUUUGAUGAUUCAACAAGCGACGGUGAAGAUGGGGAGUAGGUUUUACACGCAGGAGCAGCUUCGUUUGGCCCUGUCGGCUAAGGUUGGGGAUGUACGAUGAUAACGGGUCUGCACUUUGCGGCGUUGAGUUGAGUUGAGAUUAUAUGAAUUGUGCUUAUGUCAUGUUAGCUAGCUAGCUAGCUCUGUGUAAGUUGUGCUGCUCUGGGAUAUUUUAAGCCUUCCCGGUAGCUGUUUCUGUAAAAUAAUAAUAAUGUCUUUUCUUUUUGGGUAGUAGAUGAGUAUGAAUUUUGAGGUAAUCAUGUUGGGAAGCUUCAUGGAGUUGUAGAACCAGCUAGGCACAAUUGUCACCAAAUCUGUGGGUGGAGUGGAGAUAGGAGCCAGGUAAAAUAGGGUAUUUUUAUCUGUCUAGAUAAUGUAUAUAUUAAUAAUUAUAAAUGUGAAGGAACAUCAUGCAAGUUUUCAAUAUUAUCAUUCUUCAUCUUA